GCAGAGAGCUAAGAUCCUCCUCAGAUAUGAUGAUAUGGGUGAGGGGUUAAGAGGUCUGCUCUUUGAAAAUGGAUUCCUGUGCUCUCAGCAGCAUUAAGGCUCUAUUCAGGGGAACACCUGAGUGUGACCUUUGCCUUUUGGGACCUCCAAGAUUUCCAUGGGUGGGCAGGACAAACACCAAUGAUAUAUACCUAAAAGGAACCUCUUAGAUGAGGUGCAGAAACUUUAAAAAACACACUGGAGUCUGGAUGGUGGGUUUUCACAAGAACAGAGAAAAUAGUUUGAUAUCUCAUCUGUAUUUAAUCCAAGAACAGCCCAUGUUCUCAUUUACCUAACUGUGGAGGGCAGGACUGCCUCCUCGAGAGCCCUUCUCAUCCCAGUGGCGCCAUCAACCAGCACCGACCACAGCUCAUGAAAGGGACCUGCAAAGGUGUUCCUGAAAGGGGAGAGGCAGUCUGGGAGCUCUCCAUACCCAGAUUACUUCGCUCACUCUGAUCUCAAGGACAGAGUCAUUGCCUCACAGGACCCACAAGAUUUCACCUGGAGUGCAGCAGUAAUGCCAAGGACUUCCAGAGUCCCCUGCUCCCAGCAGCACCCUCUGGCAGCACCAACUAGAACCAGCAAGGCAUCUGCGAUAUAGAUUUUCCUGAAAGGACUGGUCCCCAGGCCCAGAAGAGUCAAAUGUCCAACAGCAGCUCCAGCACUGAGUUCCUCCUCCUGCCAUUCGCAGACACAUGGGAGCUGCAGCUCCUGCACUUCGCACUCUUCCUGGGCAUCUACCUGGCUGCCCUCCUGGGCAACGGCCUCAUCCUCACCGCCGUAGCCUGUGACCACCGUCUUCACACCCCCAUGUACUUCUUCCUCCUCAACCUUGCCCUCCUCGACCUGGGCUGCAUCUCCACCACUGUCCCCAAAGCCAUGGCCAAUUCCCUCUGGGAUACCAGGGCCAUUUCCUACUCAGGAUGUGCUGCACAGGUCUUUUUCUUCUUCUUUUUCUUUUCAGCAGAAUAUUAUCUUCUCACUGUCAUGUCCUAUGACCGCUAUGUUGCCAUCUGCAAGCCCCUGCACUACGAGACCCUCCUGGGCAGCAGAGCUUGUGCCCAGAUGGCAGCAGCUGCCUGGGGCAGUGGAUUUCUCCAUGCUGCGCUGCACACUGCUAAUGUGUUUUCUCUGACACUUUGCCAAGGCAAUGCUGUGGACCAGUUCUUCUGUGAAAUCCCCGAGAUCAUCAAGCUCUCCUGCUCAAACUCCUACCUCAGGAAAGUUUGGAUUAUUAUGGUUGGAUUCUGUUUAGCAUCUGGGUGUUUUGUUUUCAUUGUGCUGUCCUAUGUGCAGAUUUUCAGGGCUGUACUGAGGAUGCCCUCUGAGCAGGGACAGUACAAAGCCUUUUCCACGUGUCUCCCUCACCUGGCAGUGGUCUCCCUGUUUCUCAGCAUGACCAUAUUUGCCUACCUGAAGUCCCCCUCUAUCUCACUGUCUCUGGACCUGGUGGUGGCAGUUCUGUACUCUGUUGUGCCACCAGCAUUGAACCCCCUCAUCUACAGCAUGAGAAACAAGGAGCUUAAGAGUGCUGUUCGGAAAGUGUUUUCAUGGAUAUUUCUGAUUGGUGAUAAAUUUCCCCUGUAUCUACACAAAUGACUUCCCUUGCAGGCCUGCUCAUUAUUGAAAUUGUUAUCCUCAGUAUCAUUUGCAUUUACUAAUUUAUUAGCAAUAUGUUUCUUUAUUCAUCGGCUAUCUACUGAGGAAUGAAACCGUUCUGUUUACUACUGAGGCUUUAUAAUAUGUGUAUAACAGCAGGCCAGAACAAACUCUGUGAUAGGAUCUGCCUAAUAAAAUUGUAUCUCCCACUUCUUGAAGACGUGGUUCUUCUUUCAAAGCUGGUGCCAAGACCAGGGCUGAGCACCUGCUCCCUGAAAAGCCUGUUGCUCUAUGGAUAAGGGAAAGAAAAAGCUCAUUUUGUGAGUUGUGAGAGACCAAGGGUAGGAUUUAG